UUAACUGUGAAAAAGCAACGGAAACCAAUUUUUAAUGUGUCAAGUCAGAAUAGCUUAUUGCUGCUACGUCAGAUCGCUGAACGGCUCGAGCAGGAACUACAAGGUUAUGCAAAUGAGUUCUGAACGCUUCUAUACCAGGGGUAAUCAAAAGACCAUUCACAACUUUAAUAAACUUUAACGUUUAGGUGUACCGUACGGUGUUAAGUGCUUAUCUGUCGUUUCCCUAUUCUUUACUUAUCUUUCGACGUCGCAAUCGCUAAUUGCUAAUUACUGUGGUAGUCGAGUGAUAAAGAGUCGUGUGGCAGCUGAGUGCGCGAGCGAGUUUCGAAGGAGCGACAGCAGCAACGAUGGCGUCCCAGCAAGAAGAAACCCUGCUCUCGCGCUGCGAGAUCCCCAUCAUCGACCUGGCGCAUAUAGGCACAGAUGUGUGUCCCAUGAAAUCAGUGGUGCGGCGCAUUGGUCAGCAGUUGUUCGCAGCUCUGAGCACGAAGGGUCUGGCUAUGCUGGUCAACCACGGCAUCGCUGACGGAAAGUUGAAAGCUGUGUAUGCUGACCUGGACAACUUCUGUGCUUUGCCGGAGGGUUGUCAAGCGCAGUACCUCAAAAACCCUGACAGCAACCACGGUUACCUACGUCCGGGCAUGGAGCCGUUCGAUACCACUAUGAAGGAGCUGCGUCAUUGCUUCAACAUCACAACGCUGUCGCCAGCCGCCAUGCCAGCGCAGGAGGAGGUUCCAGAGUUCACUCAGCACGCCUUUCCACUGGCCCAUGAUCUCACCAAUCUGUCCAGAGUGCUUCUGCAAGCUCUUGCCUAUGCCUUCGGUCUACCGCCCUCUGCUAUGUUAGCCUCCCAUUCCGGGAUGAUGGAGAGCGACGGGCGCAACCCCUCCGCCAUGCGGAUCCUUUACUACCCUCCAGUGCCUCCUGAAGACGAGGGUCCUUGCUGCCAGAGCGACGCGGUGCACUACACUCGUUGUGGCGCCCAUGCCGACUCUGGCACCUUCACGCUUCUGGCGCAGGACUCUGAAGGAGGUCUGGAGGUGAAACUGAAUGGCAGCGAGAAGUGGCAGGCCGUGGGUCACCUGCCAGGUGCCAUCCUCGUGCAGACGGGACAGCUGCUCGCAGCCUGGACCACCAACAUCCUGCCCGCACUUAUGCACCGCGUAGUGGUGCCUUCUGGGACGUAUGCGCGGGCGCGCGGGCGUCACUGCGUGGCAUUCUUCUGCCACCCGGACAAGGACGCGGCGCUGCCCACGCUGCCGCCGCGUGCCGCGCCGCUGCCCGCGCCGCCCGCCUACACCCCGCACGUGCACCUCACGCUGCACCACCGCCUGCUCAACGCUGCCCACCACAUCCAGAAACGCUUCCGUGAGACGUAUGCGUGACUAGCGCGGGACGGGAAACUCGAGCCCGUAAAGAUGCCACUCGAGCGGCGGCACACCGCGCCUUGAUUGCUACAGUUUAUAGAAAAAAAGUGCAACCGGUAAUACGGAUAUAGGAUUUUGAGAGGUGCUUUGAUUAGUCUAUUUCUAAUGUACUUAUAGCUUUUGAUAUUGUAUAUCAGCCUGAGAAGCUAUGCAAACUGGUUUGAGCCUGAAAUUUAGGACUGAAACCUCUGGAUGAAGCAAAUGGCGUGAGGAUAGAAGGCAAAAGAUUAGGAUUAUAUUUAUAUAGUUCGAACUUUAUUACUUUCAAUAAGAAUCAAAGAUUUGAACUAGGAAGGGGUGGAAAAUUGUAGCAAUCAUAGCCGUACUUAUCGUAGAAAUGACGUAGCAGUAUGUAAAAACGUAAAAUAAGGCACAAGCGGCCUUUGUAGUUGUUGUUUGGCUUUUUACUACUUAGUAGGUGUAUUUUAUCAGCUUUUGCAUUGAGAUUUGGUCCCAAAACUAGGUUAAACACAAAAGCGACCGGAAUUUUAUAAAAACAUAACAUUUUAAGAUUGUACUUAAUGAAUGUUUAAGUUUUACCACACAUCCAUUGCUAAUUAAUUUAAUUCCGUGAUAAAUACCUAAAAUUGGUACUUUUCGUAUUAAGCCUUUGAGGGGAAAUGACUGAUUCAUAAAAACCAUGUCACUGAGUAUUUAUUUAGUAUGAUUUUUGUUACAUUAUUUUGAGUUCAGGUAUGAAUGAAACCUUUUUGUACAGAUGUACUUAAAAGUAUUCAAAUUACGAAGUACUUAAUAUUUUACUAUAUUUAUGUUUUAAAUGCAAAACACCUACAUCACAAUACAGAUAUACUUAUAAUAUACUAAGAUUUGUAUUUGAGCUUAACAAAUAUGCACCAAAAUUAAAGACAAACGUUGCUAAGCAAAGUUUGUGAUCGUCCGAAUCGGUAUGCUCAAUAUAAUGGGACAUGUUCAAUAUUAGGAUUUACAUACACUAUAAUUGUUCUUGCCUUUUAUGUCAGUUCUAUCGAAAAGACUUGACUUUAUCAUUCCUGCUGUUAUCAGCUUGUGACAUGUAUACACAUAGGUAUUAUUGUUUUACACGUAUUAUUGUUUUUCUAUUUAUAUAUUUUUCAUACAAUAACUUUUGCUUUGGUUAUAUAUAACAGAUAAGCAUUUAUUCUUAUUACUACUUAUUAUUUGUGUUUUUGAAUAUUUUCGAUUGUCAUUUACAGCUACAACGGCUGGUGUUAAUAAUCUAUAGUAAAACAUAAUUAGUUAUUUCUGAGCUUCUCUUCUAAUUAGGUAAAUUUUAAAUUACGACUAAAAUUUUCGUAUUAUGCAAUCUUAUAUUACAUGCAUGCGUGGCGUAUUUUAAAUGUUAAGCAAUUGCAAUUAGCGACGUGAAGUCAUUAUUAAACAGGACGUUUUAAAAAAAUGAUUUCGUAACGCAAAUUGCAUUUAAAAAAAUGACAUAAGAUCAUAAUACUAUAGUAAAAAUCGAAGGACGUUUUAUAUACAAUUGUACUCAGAUAAUCCAAUUUGUAACGUAAGUAUUAUUAUUCUAAUAAAUUAUUUAAUAUAGAAAUAUUGGAAGCGUUUCCGAACGAUCACUGCCAAGAAACCAGUUUUAAUGUUAUUCUAAUGCGAAAUCAUGGCUUAUAACGGACUGUUUAAUCCCAUUAUAUUUACGUUUUUCACCUUGUUUUCUUGUUACCUACUGCAUUUUCUCUAGCCUCCGAAAAUGUACUUUAUCAUUGUAUAAUUAGUUACUAUUUAUUACGCUGUCUUUUUCACGACUACUUAUUUAAUACAUUAAGUAAUUCGUGUGAUAGCAACGAUAGCUCAAUUUAGGAGGUACCCGUACAUAUACGAUUUUUGUGUUCGAACAUCGAAAUCAUAGCUUGAUUAGAUUUUAAUUAAUUAGAAAAUAUGACAGUGUUUUUAUUAUACAAUUAAUUACUUAAAUUCCCAGGAUGAUAUUGUUUUAAUUAGACCUGCAGGAAACGUGACAAAGUUAUACAAUCAACACAACUUGUACACAUGUGUAAAUUAUAAUUAUAAUUACACAUGUUAAGUUUGGUAUUAUAAGACGAGGUAGAUUUUUUUAAUUAUGAAAGAUGCCAAUACACCAAUACUUAUGGAGUAGAUUGGGUACAAAUUUAUUUCAAUACGAUAUGUUUGUAUACAAUUGUGCUUAUACGUUAUAACAUCCAGCGUUCCUGUAUUAUUUCAAUAAAAAUAUAUUUAAGCAAAGAAAGUUCUUUAUUUCAC